AACCGUAGUCUAUCACCAGAGCACAUGAAGCCAGAUCCAGAAGCCAGAAACACGGAUCCUUUCACAACUGGUGACCGACGUCACAUGCAGCGGUGAACCCCAUUUAACUGGGAUAUAAUAUCGUAUGCAUAACGUUUGAAGAAAGGGACACAAAGAAAAGGACAGAGUCAAGAAGACGCAAUAGUUAAUUACUUUUUCUUCACAAUGGCGGCUAAAGCUCUGGACAAAGUGUCGUUGAAUUUAGGGGGGUUCGAGAGCGUGUAUUCAACGGAUGACAUGGGUACCAGUUUACCCACCUCUGUGGCUAUUUUCCCCAACACCGAUUUAGGAGGGCACUUCGACCAAAUGAAUGUGACAACAGAUGGCUUGGUGGGAGCAGAUAUGAGUGUAGAGAAGCGCUCUCUGGAUAUCUCCUCCUUCUCCGGCGGCUUCUCCCAGCCCCCGUCCCACCGCAACCAGACGUUUACCUACAUGGGAAAGUUCUCUAUCGAUUCCCAGUACCCAGGUAACUGGAACCCUGAGGGAGUCAUCAACAUCGUCUCGGGCAUCUUUAACGUGGCCCAGCCGCCUCCUCCUCAUACCUCUUCGGCGUCGUCCUCUCCGUCUACUUCAGUAUCUCCCAAACACUUCUCCAGCGGAAAUUUAAGUUGCACCAUGGCGGCUCAGAGCGGUGCAGAUCUAGACCACCACAAUCAUCUGUAUUCACCCCCGCCUCCUUACUCAUCCUCCGGCUGUGGUGAAGUGUACCAGGACCCUUCGGCCUUCUUGUCCACCUCCACCUGCCCCAUCGCUUCUUACCCGCCACCAUCCUAUUCUACAUCUAAACACCCUGGCAGCUCAGACGCGCCAGGGCUGUUUCCCAUCAUACCCGACUACUCGGGCUUCUUCCAGCCCGGCUGCCAGCGAGACAUACACACUGCAGAUCGGAAACCGUUUGGCCCCUGUUCGCUCGAUACAUUCCGCGUCCCUCCACCUCUAACCCCGUUGAACACUAUUAGGAACUUUACAUUAGGGGGUUCGGGUGGUGGUUGCUCCGAGGGCGGAACGCCGAGACUCCCAUCUACCUACAGUCCACAGAACUUGCCUCUAAGACCGAUCUUGCGACCCAGAAAGUACCCGAACAGACCCAGCAAGACGCCCAUCCAUGAGCGACCAUACCCCUGUCCAGCAGAAGGCUGCGACCGACGAUUCUCGCGCUCAGACGAACUGACCAGACACAUACGCAUCCACACUGGACACAAGCCGUUCCAAUGUCGGAUCUGCAUGCGCAACUUUAGCCGUAGCGACCACCUCACCACUCACAUCCGAACGCACACGGGGGAGAAGCCGUUCGCCUGCGACUUCUGUGGCCGCAAGUUCGCUCGGAGCGACGAGAGGAAGAGACACACGAAGAUCCACCUGAGGCAGAAGGAGAGAAAGUCAUCCACUGUCUCCUGCUCAUCAUCCGGCACCUCCGGGCUGGAAAGGUCAUCAGGCGCAAUCAGUGCAACAAACGGGAUCUGUUCGUAGGUUUCCUGAGAAAACGAUGUCAACCUGGCAACAUCGGCACACUAACCCCUAAGAGGACGAUCAAAUAAUGAUUCUGAAACGGCUGAGAAUUAAAGAUAAGCAGCUACACCAGAAUGCAAGUAAACAAGAACUAUUUUGCAGUGGUCCAUAAUUACAAAUUCAUCUAUUCAUGACUGACACGAAUGCACUUUGCCUGUACAGUCUACUGAACAUACAAAUAAAUACAGACAUUACUUCAUAAGAUUUCAGCGGGAUGCUUGUAAAAUAAAUGGAUGCGCGUAUAAAUGAAAUAACUGACGUGACAUUCCGAAGAAAACAAGUCUAAGUUAUUUUGACUAUUUAAUGGAGGGAUCAAAUUUAACAUGUUUUUUUUAAGAGUAUUUAGUGCCUUGCUUUGUGUCGUUUUGUACACAGACUGAUUCAAGGACGCUUCUAAUGCAAUGCAGCCUAUUCUUAAAUAUAAAGUUGCAAGACAUCUUAUUUUUCUAUACAUUUCUUCUCGCAUAACUACAAGUGUCUAGCCGUUCGUGUGUAAAACUAUGUUUAGUGUAAAUACGUUGAACUCAUACCACCUUGACAUUUUUAUUGUAACAGGUUGUGUUUUUGUGUUUCUUAAUAAACGGAUGAGAAUGAUAGACACA